AUUUAGUUGGAUACUUUUUGUUUUAGUGGGUAUUUUGUUUUCUCUCGAAUGAAUAACCUUGAAGUUGAAAACAAAAGAAGAGUAGAGAUAAAUUAUAACUUAACUACAAUUGUCUUUGAUAUUGUUGUAUAGUUCUUAUAAAAUUACUCAUUGUAGUCUUCUUAAGCUUUUCUUCAGCAAGUUUCAAUUAAUAUGGUUUUUUAACCCAAACUUUUUAAAUCAGUAUUGAAACGCAUGAGAUAUGGUCCGCUGAAUUUGUGAGAAAUUGAAAAACUUUUGAUUAUAUCUCUUGAGAUUUGUGCUUGCUGUAACUAAAGGAGGUUAUGCACCAAAAUUUCAUACUUUUUACUUGGUUGUUUGAAAAUCUUAUUGGGACACUGUUUUGUCAAUUAGAUGAUUAUCCAAAGUGAAUAUGGUUUCGAGGCACAAAAUCAAUAAAUAUAAUUCUUAAUAACCGCAUGAAUUAAUUUGAAAAUCAAAAUAAUAUUAAAAAAUUCAUAGAAGAACAAAAUAAUAUGUCACUGUCAAAUAAAGUUUUGAUAAGAAUUAUCAUUGAACUAAUAUAGUUUUGCCACUAAUAUUUUAUCAAAACCAUGCAAAGUUAUGAAAAAAAUGGAGUUGUCUAUUUGCCGCUAUGGUAAAAGAAAACCAUACAUCACAAACCUAUAUUUAAGGUGGCAUGAUUUCUUGGAUGAUCUGUGUUCACCGCAUGUUUUGGCCAAGUUGGAUGUUGAGGUUGGCCCCCGUAAGCCUGUAAGUGGCUUAGGGGGAGUCAUGAUAAGCCCUGAGUCGCAUGUGUCUGGAAGACUUGUGGAUGCUCUUGCUGAUGUUGUUGUAUCAGUAAUCAAGCGAGAAUCUUCAAGUACAAGGAAACAAACUGCCACUCUGUAGCUACUUAGGCAACAAGACUUGGAUGUGGCCUAAGUUUGUGUAUGAGUCAGGAGCAGUUAAUGACUCAAUGAGUUCAGACUCUGAAUUAGACGAAGAAGAUAGGAUUUCGGAGUACAAGUCUCCACCAGAUUACUCUUUCUAGGAGUCAUAGAUAGUAGACGCAGGGGGAGAUUCUAGAGUCUCAGUAGCAGUUGAUUCUGUAGGAGUUGUGUUGAGUCCUUGAUGAUUUGUAUUGAGUCUUUUAUUGUUCCUAGUUUCUUUAGUGUUUGAUUAAUGAAUAAGAAGAUUCUCCCUGAUAUUUCACCUAUGCUCUCAAGUCAAACAAUCUUGCAAAUUUCUCGGUCAGAACAGGCUGCACCAAUCGUGUGUUACAUGUGUGCAGGUUGUAGAAAGAGCCAAUGACAAGCUUAUGGUGAGUUUGUUGGAUGAAACUUUAGUCAAUGACAUCGAGAAAUUAAGGAAAGAAGAAAAGCAGAGGCACCUUGGAGCACCAAAAGGGAAGGUUCUGAUAUUGAGAUCAAUCAUGGUAAUCAAGAAACCAAAUUGAUUCUCAAAUCAGUACAACAACGGUCAGCAACAGCAUAGCAUAUAAGCUGGGAUUGUGGGUAGAAAAUAAUCAUCUUUUUUUAGUAAACUUUCAAAUGCAGAUGCAGAGUGUUUCAGAGAAGGUUUUUGAAAAGAAAAAAGAAGAGAGUUAUAAGGGAGAGAACUCAUGCUAUAGAAGUGUGAUUGUCAAGUUAGAGUGGUGGCAGGGAGCAAGACUCUAAAGGGUGAAUCUGAUCAAGUGAUGGGGAGUGACAUAGAGAUCAACAUGUGUACUAUGUAAAUCGAAUUCUAAUCAUCAUAGUGAAAAUUCAAAGGACUCAAAUCAUAGAUCCUUUGACCUUGGACUAGUCGAUACUGAUUCAUCAGUAUCGGAAACCAUGUAAAAAUCCUCUGCGUCACUUUAUGUUUCAGUUGUGCUAAUCAAGACUUUAGCAAGUCUCUAUUUUUGGCUGAAGUCUCUGUUUUGCAGGUGGUAUGGAACUGAGAAUCGAAGCAGAGGAGGAAGAAGGGCUUGCUCGUAUAAGUCUUCACAUGCCGUUGAAAAGAAAGACUUUGAUCGAGUCCAAUUAGUUCAACGAAGCAACCUUGGGCUUAAAGCCCAACUAUCAUUUUAUUUUAUUAUUUCAGAGACAGCAGAGUACAAUCUCGUCAAUCUCUUGGUCGAUCUAACACACAUUAAUCUUGUUGUCUACAUUUCUAUUUCGAUUAGGAUUCUUCACGUUCUCUAAAAAAAGAAGGCGUUAAGUCUCACGCUCAACUCGAUCCACAGGUUGGCUCCAUCUCUGUCAUGUACUGUAACAAAACUUAUGAAAAUGAGAUAAAGUUCUAAAACCCUCUAUUUUCAACCGGUUUUUUCUCCACCCUCUAUUUUACGUUCUUUCGUGAACAGAGGGAUAAUUUGUAAAUUUGACGACGAUAAAAUUACCAGGAAUGAGCUUUAGUAUAUUGGUAAAUUGAUAUUGUACUAACUUAGAAGUGCACAAUUCAAACUUAUAAUACUGCCACAUAAUUUUUCCCCCCACAUACCAAUGUGAAUUAAUCCUUUGACCACAAUUGUAGUAGUGAACCACAAUCUUUGUGAUGCUUUGAUCCAGGGCAUAAAUGUGAAAAACUUUGGAUCCACCAUGAUAUCAAUACCAAUACAAUGUAUUCUUACUGUUUUAUUUUUCCAGAAAUGUAUUCUUGCUGUGAAUCAAUGAACAUAUAACCAAACAUGCAUGCACCCGAUCCACCUCGCCACAAUCUAGAAGGACAGGAAUAUCUGUUACAGAUCUGGAAAAAUGGCGACACUGAAAUUCAACAAUUGUGCGUAACGUGUUGAUCCCUGAAAUUCAACGAUUAAUUGCUACGAAUGACGUAAAAUGCAAGAAAGCCAAGAGAAAACACGUAGCGGUGCUACGAAUUAAGCUCCUCGAACUGUAGUUUCCCAGCGUUUACCUAUCCCUUUUUCUUGGGCCAAACGACAAAAGUCAGCACCAUCUCCAACUAGUGUAAUUAUUAAUCACAGUUAUAACCCGAAACCGAGCUUUAUUUCUCAAAGUUGUUGGGUUUUAGUCUUCUUUUUUUUCUGAAGGGAGCAGGUGUACAAUUACGAAUGCUCAUCUGCAGAGAUUUAUGCAUAUAUAUUAUCGCCAUACAACACGUUGCUAUUCCAAAGUUAAGGCUGGAGCAGAAAAUGGAUAAAGGAGGUCUUUUUUUUUAUAACACAGAAACGAAUAAUAAAUGAACACUAGCAGUAAUUUACCAAAAAAAUAAACACUAGCAGUCGGCCCUGACUAGUUGUGCUUGGGAAGAAUGAAAAGUAGAAUUAUUUAUACUAAUUAAUUAUUGUAAUGAAAAAUACAAAUUCAUCCAUAGUACAUGUUAUUAAUAAAUUUAUCAUCCGUGUGUAGCGUGGCAAAAAUGACUCAAUAUUUGGUGCUUUGGAAUUUAAUAAGGAUGAAGAAAAUUCUCUGUUAAGAGGAUUGGAUCAAUUAAUAUAUCUACUUUGAAAGCCCCAAUAUUCGGAGGCGCUGUGCCGGCGGAUAGCAUCCCGGCACGUCCCUUUUGAAACCCUGAUUAGAAACUUCGGAUCACUUGUUUGCUGAUAAAUGUGUAGAUGCUGCAAAUGUUAUGAGAAUCUUCAACUCCUUAAGUGGCUUUCCCUAAUUGGCAAGGGUGUUUUUAGUACCUCUUUUUUGAGUGAUGCAUUACAACCAUUUUCCUCGAUAAAUAAAAACUCUGCAAAUGUUACCAAGUAGAUAGAAACCUGACAGAUUAUUGUUGUCCUACUCUCUCUCAAUGUCAUUGGAAAUUUUAAUUAUAUUACUUUGUAAGUUCAAUCAACAUGCACGGAUGGUAUUUACAAUAAAAGCAUUAGGAAAAUUUUCCAUAAUACAAGGGUUAUUAUAGCAAUUCUCAGAAUAGAUCACUCGACAAAAUAUUUUUCAAAAUACAAGAGUUCUACGUUGUUUAUUGCUCCAGUGUCAAGUUUGAAUAAGGAAGGCCAAAGGUAACAUAGCCUAGUGGUGAAACCACUGGACCAAUUGAGCUCUGGAUGUGAGAGGUCCUGAGUUCGAUUCCCAGUGGCGCCACUUGAGCGUUCUCGGCGGCACCCUUGGUAUCGGAGGCGAAGCCUCCCCGAUGUUGAUAGCAGAAUGCCUCGGUUAGUAUGCAGGUACCCCCAGUGGUUUAGUAGGCCCCGUUGUCGAUCAAGCGACACGUGGGGCUGAGAUUCCCUGGGUAAUCAAAUAAAUAAAUAAAGUUUGAAUUAGGAUUCGGUCGACCUCAUAUAGGAUCAGGUCGACCUAAUAUGUUGUUUCAGUGUAAAAACAGUUCAUGGUGCCUACUUUGGAUAUUCAUAUCAUACAAUUGGCUAGAUGGAAAUUGAAGACUAAUGACUUGUUUUGAAGCUAGAGUGUCCCUCUACAUAUUGAAGUGGAAGAGAGCUCGAUAGGAAGUCCGGAGGACCAUUUUUGAACCUCAUCAAAAGGCUAUGCCAAAACUGGGAAACUUCCUGGAAAUGGCUAAGUCUGGAAACGUGUUUGUGAAGCCUAUUUUGGAGCUCAAUUCUAGAAGCAUGAAUGCGAGUCGAGUCCAGGAGACUCUACCACGUUAAAUUAGGUAUGUUUUUAUACAAAUUCAAGGCAUUGGAUGAAAGAUUGGAUAUCUGUAAGGCUUCAAACAAAAGGGUCGAAGUUGCUACGAAGACUGUUUUUCUGGCAGACUUCGAGCACAAGCAAGCUGCCAGAAAAACAGCCUUUGUAGCAACUUCGAGCCUUUUGUUUGAAGCCUUAAAGAUAUUCAAUCUUUCAUCCAAUGCCUUGCCUUUGUAUAAUAAAAUACGUAAUUUAAC